CGCUUAACUCCCAUUCCUGCGUCUUCUCCCGCGCGGCGGCCUCUCCGCGGCCGUUUCCGUCGCCUGCUCCCCCCCCUUCUCCUGCCAGGUGGUCUCGUCCAGCGUCGGCGUUAACGGAAAGCGCUGAGGGGGCCGAAGAUGGCGGCGGCGGGGGCAGUGGCGGCGGCUUCGCCUCUCAGCGACUGAAGGCGCUCUAUCAUGUCGGACUCGGAGGAGGAUUGCCCUGAGCGGCAGCUCAAGUUCGUGGUGCUGGGCGACGGCACCUCCGGCAAGACAUCCUUAGCCACACGUUUUGCUCAAGAAGCUUUUGGGAAGCAGUACAAACAAACCAUAGGACUUGACUUCUUUUUGAAAAGAAUAACACUCCCAGGAAAUGUAAAUGUUACUCUUCAAGUAUGGGAUAUAGGAGGCCAAACAAUAGGAGGCAAGAUGUUGGAUAAAUAUGUCUAUGGCGCACAGGCUGUCCUCCUGGUGUAUGAUAUCACCAACCAACAGAGCUUUGAAAAUGUAGAAGAUUGGUAUAAUGUUGUAAAGAAGGUCAACGAAGAGUCAGAAACUCAGCCACAUGUGGCUCUGGUAGGCAAUAAAAUUGAUCUGGAGCAUCUGCGGACAGUAAAAGUUGAUAAGCAUCUUCGAUUUUGCCAGGAAAAUCAUUCUAGCAGUCAUUUUGUGUCAGCCAAGACAGGUGAUUCCGUCUUCCUGUGUUUUCAAAGAAUUGCUGCUGACCUCCUUGACGUCAAAUUAAACAAAGCGGAAAUAGAGCUAUCACAGCAUGUUGUCAGGGCAGAACUAGUGAAGUAUCCUGAAGAAGAUAAUCAACAGCAGAGCACUGCCAGCUGUCAGAGUAAAGUCUGUUCAGUGCAAUAGUUCAGAGUGUAGUGAAGGCGGAUAUUGUAAACUAUAGCCAGGAGCCCGUGACAAGAACAGUUAACUCUCCUAGAAGCUCAAUGUGUACAAUUCAGUGAACUUUUUUUGUAUUGAUCUCCUUUGGCAGCCAUACUACCUUUGCAAAGACGUUGCCCGGAAUGUUGUUUUAACAGUGAACAUUUCUGUAGAGCGUUUAGAAGUUUCAAGAACUUACUACCCUUUUGUGUGCUGAAAAGCAGCAGGCAGUGUUUUUGGCUAGUCAGGAUUCAAAUGUUGGGACCACACACUUUGAAAAAUUAUGAGAUAUAUAUCUAUAUAUAUAUCUAUAAUCUUGUGAAUUAUAUUUCAAUAAAGGAAUACAACAAUGUAUACAGAUGCCCUUUACAUAAUAUUGUCACUUUGUGGGACAGGGAAAUUAAAAAUGUAUAAAUGAUCCAGGAUAAUCAGUGAUGCUUGAAAUACAGCUGUGCAGUUGAGAAUAAAUCUCUGCUUACAGACAUGA